AUGUCCCCCGCCUCUGCGCCGACCUCGACCCGUCCCAGCCCGUCCCCUCCUUCCCCUCUCCCCCGGGUCCCCUUACCAACGUGCCCCGCCGCUUACUUUGUUUACCCCCCGCCCGACACCCAACCCUACCCUUCGCAGGACCGAGCAUCCCUCCCCCCCUCACACCCAUUUGACGACCCAAGGCCUCCUCCACCUGGUCUUAGCCCCCUGAAGCCGCUCCCCGGGACACCCCGUCCCAGCCACCUACCCCCCCCGCGCCUUGCCCCCCCACCCCCCAUCGACUCCACCCCCGCCACCCCCCACUACCCCCCCCCCCCCCCCCUUAGGACCCCCUCCCCGUCCCCCCGCCCCCGCUGA